AUGAAAAGAGUCAAAAACAUGAUGAAACGAAAGUCAUCGAGCCUUAAGGGGGCAACUGACGACAUGCACAAUGCUACACGGACAUACACCCGCUUAUUCGAGGAUGUCAACGUGGGCACCAACGAAGUUGCCUAUCGCCUUGUCGGAACCCCCAUCAGUAUCAGAUGUAACGGAGGACGCGUGUAUGCCGAGGAUGGCAAGAUCAAGACAGGAUAUGUAGACGAUCCUUCUGAAUUCGUCAUGGAGUACGUCCUUGUCGAUGACACCAACGGUAAAAACAGUAAUUUGAGAGGAAGGAAGAAGGCGACAGGAACCCAACACUUGGUAGCAUUCCGACUGAAAGAUACCAAUCUAUAUCUUUCUCAAAAUCCAUACGGCAAUUUGGCUCAAGCCGAAGCAUUGAACAGUAUUUCUGCGCUUCCGAUCCUUCCAGAAAUAUCUCGAGAGAUUGUGGACUUUGCCGUUGGUCAAGAGAGUAACACUGGAGAAGGCGAAGGCUUUGACUAUCGAUCCAUGCAACUGGAAGAAGGACCACCAGGACUGUUACAACAAUUUACUCUCGAAGGAUCGGGAUUGUACAAAGUAGGCAUCAAGUCUGUCUACGGAAAAUACUGGAGAGGGCCGUCUUGGUCGAAGACGGUAUUACAAUCACCCCAUCAACUAGGAGACGAAGACUUUUCAUUUUCUCGUGCUGGGAGUCGACGUUAA